AUGCCGCUCGUGGCAGCUUACGAGUCAGAUUCGGAUGAGGAAAUCGCUCCUAGCGACGCUGUAAAUGCACAUCAUGACGCUCCGCCCUCGGGCCUUUCACUCCCACCUCCCAAGCGCCCAGCACCCCAGGCCAAACGACAGAUUGUCGUUGAAUCAGCCCCAUCGUCGCGCUCAAGCGACGAAAAACCAUUGCCUAAGCGCGCGCGUCAUGACAAAAAUGCGUCUUCAACGGGUACACACUCGCUCUUGAACAUGCUUCCUGCGCCUCAGAACAAGGCAUCCAAGCGCACGCCCAAACCCGCCCGCGACGAAAGCGACGAAGACGUGCUGCUCGAAGACGAUGCACGCAUGACCCUAUAUGACGUGCCGAAUGAAAAGCCAGCCAAAGGGAAUGAAGACUUUCGCGCCAUGCUAGGACUGGCGCCUAAAGCUCCGACAAAAGAUCAGCGUCAGGCGCCUGUGAUUGUGUCCGAAACACACCAUGGCCAGCAUGAGACGGUUCAGCAGGAACGUCAGACAGAGCCCGCACUGACUGCGGCUCCCUCUUUCUCUGCUGCACCUGUGAUUGAAGAUCGAACCAAGUCAGAGCCCGAACCGUCCAUGGAUGCCUACCCAGGUUGGAAACGCGACCCUGAUGGAUCCUGGUACCCUGUGACACCUGAGGCUCAUGCUAUAUAUGCUGCAUGGGCGCAGUAUGCACAAAGGGAAGCAGAGCUACAAGUACCGCAUCAUGCACAAGUGGCAACCGUUGAUGCGUCGGCGGAACUGGAUCGAAUACCCAAAGCACCGUCCCAGGCACCGGCGCCAGAGACGAGGCCUGAGAGCUUGGUCUCGGAAAAGCUUCGUACGGACAAGUUUACCAACAUGCGAGCUCGUACCAGAGGGCAGCUUACAUCGUUGCUCGCUAUGGCACACGAGAAUCGCCCUAUGCUCGAAGAGCGAUGGUCACAGGGCAAAAGCAAAAUGCGCGAGAACAAGAAGCGAUAUGGAUUUUAA